AUGAGGCUGGUUAUAGCAUUCGCUGCACAAUUGCAAUGGGCGGUAUAUCGAUUUGAUGUCAAGUCGGAAUUCCUCAAUGGAGACUUACAAGAAGAAGUCUAUAUCACACAACCCGAAGGUUUCAAAAUGGAAGGAGAUGAAACAAAGCUGUACAAGUUGAAAAAGGUGUUGUAUGGCUUGAAGAAAGCCCCUCGAGCGUUGUAUAGCAAAGUUGACAGAUACUUCCACAAAAUUACAGCUAAAUCAGCUUGGGAUGCUUUACAUACUACUUAUUCGAAUAAGUCACAAACUCUGGUCUUUAGUUUACAUGAUCAGCUUGCAUGUGUCACUAAAGAAUACUGCUCCAUUUCUGAUUAUAAUCAAGCUAUUCGGUCUCUUUCAGAUGAGAUAGCCAUUGCUGGUACUACUGUGUCCAAUUUCAAGAUACACACUUGUCUAGGUCCCAUGUUUCGUAAGAUCUCCGCUACCAUUUGUGCUCGUGAAACGACUAUAUAUUAUGAUGGUUGUUUGAAAAACUACCGGACUAUGAACUUUUCCUCCACCAUGACGAUACUAAGAAACUAUUCAAUCCUAUCACAACUUCAGUUGGUACUCCCACCAAAUCCAACAUUAAUCGCAACAGUCGCAAGUAGUGCAACAAUUCUCAACAAUGGCGCCAGAACUCACAUGCAAAUUCUUUACCAAAAUGGCAAUCCAACCUAA